UGAUGCCAUCCUGGUGCAACUUUAUUUUGUUUACCUCGUCGCUAUACUCCGUAAUGGUCUCUACAGUUAUGAGUUCAAUCACCCACCGAUUCGGAGCGUGGUGUUGGGCAGGUGAUUAGACAUACGAAUCACUGACUGAUAGAACCAAGCAAGCACAUUAAUCGUUGUCUCUCUGACCACCCUAGACGUAGUGAGUUGCGUAGGCCUGUUGACUUGGCGUGGCGUGGCACCAUGCAAGGUGUAAGAAAUUCGGUGGAAUGACGGAUGUAUGUGAGGCUGCAUCUACAUCAAGACGGCUUCAUUUACACGGGAAGACCAGCGUUGAGGAGGUCCGGAAAGGUCCACCGCUCAGCCGAAACUCUAGGAUAUCUCGGGCGGGCUUGGCGGGCUCUUAACGUCGAUAAUGCUAUGCGGAACGAAGUUCUGCGGGGACGCUACUCCGGGUUAGAGCUGGUCAAUCUUUCCAUUGCAUUGGUACAGAACGGGCAUCGUCGGUAUUAUACACAAAUCCCGACUCCGUGCACACCAUACCGCCGUGUUAGAAACUUGCUGUACCUAUCCCGAAUGCGAAAUGGACGCUCAAAAGUAUUUAUUAUCACCUCCUGGGCUCGAUGAGCUCGCGGAGAAGCUCAAGGUGCCUCUCGCCUCUAACUAUGAGGUCUCCACCGUAAGAGUGGUCCAAUGCCCUGAUCUCCGGGAUGCUCCCUUUUACUUAGCUACCGAAGGCCUCUCGGGAGAUGAGAAAGUAGCAGAUGUUGGAGGCCGACAGAAUCUAUUCCCUCGUCCUAGGUUCAAUACCACCUGGUCCUUAACUGAGAUUGCUUCGGCUAUGGAAAUGAGCCAAGAGAGAGGGAGUUUGAUCGGGGCCGGCGCUGGUCCAUUCCAUGUAGUGGGUCAGAACUGUGAACUUGCUCCAAAUCUGAAGUGGGAGGGUCAGUUUGUGAACAUCGACAAUCAAACACGGCUUGCAAAGAUAGCCGAUGGCACCGUUACCGUUGAGAGAAGCUUGUCUGCAGACUGUGCUUUGAUGGUCAAUUUGUUCGGGUCACUCGGCGAGCCCGGACCCGUGCUCAAGAUUAUGGCACGGAAACGAAUCGGGGCUGGCAAGAGCUUCACUGAGUGCAUUCGAAACGCACUCUCUGCAGCUUACGGCGAUUCGAAUAUCAUUAGUCUUGGUGGCGCUUUUGUGGUGAAUUCAGGCAAGGCACGCUACCACAUCAUGCCAGACUUCCCAAAAGAAGAGGACCUGCCAUUUGAGAAUCACGAGAAGCUGAAUAACUGGUUGACGUAUCACACUUUCGAUGGCCCUAUCGUGUGUCUAUCAGUCCUACACUCGGCCGAUCCAGGUGGUAACCUUGAUCUUCGAAUGGAACAUACACAUGCAUUCUCCCCGGUACCGGGACGGAACGCUGGAGGUCAUUACCACUACGAUAUUGAGGGCUCCGACGAAGACGUAGAAUACGUGGGCUACUUCAACACGGCAAAAGUGCUGUAUCGAAUUGAAAAACCAGCUGCGGCGUAAAAAAAGAAGAUAUAGGUUGUUGAGUAUGUGACUUGAGGUGAUAUCUACCUCGAUCUCGUGCAAAGUUGAGCUACUACUUAUGUUUUGCGACAAUAUCUUUCCGACGAGAGACCAUUCUGAUGAAAAGAAUGGAUCUUUGCCCUGACAUUCUUCAUUAUAAAAUGGUAUGUUUGAGCCGCUGGGAUGUUGCACUUCUGCUGCAGUGUUCUUCAAUCGAGACCUCCGGG